AAAACGGGGCUUGGGAAUGAUCCUUCUUGCUACGCCCUUGUACACAUUAAAUCAAUCGCGACGUACACUUUAUACAAAUACAGUGUAUAACCCUAUUUAUACUAAAAUCUAUAUAAAUACAUCGGAAAGCUGUAACAUAUACGGGUGACGGCACAUUCUGUCUUACAUUGGAAAUUUAAUCCGGAUCAUGGAUUACCGGACAUUGUAACAACCGAGUAAGCAGCUGAGGACACGUACGAUAAUGAACCUGGUGAAUUUGUUCCGGAGAUCUCCUACAGAGCUGGCAUUUGAUUCGCACACAGAGCCUCAUUAUGACGUAACAGCGGGUCAGCUCAGCUUUACCCUUAUUUGGGCAUGCUGCAGCAUACUAUGGUUAUUCCGGUGUACAGGUAAAAAUAACAGGGAAUCAAACGGGAACCGUAGUGAAAAUGGAAAAGUGUCGGGAGUAAACGGAGAUGCUGUUUCCGUAUCGGAAAAAGAAAAAUUGUUGACAUUGGAAGAUAAAUCAGGGCAGCAAAUUACUGAUAGUGUCGCGAAUAAACCUAAAAAUGACCAGGUGGUAGAUGUAGAAAAGGGAACGAACAUUGUUGCAACAAACGAAGGAAAUUCUGGAAAUACUGAAAAACAAAGUGACGUCAAAACUUUCUCUACGGUGAGGCCACCACCAACAACUGAACUUUUUCUCAAACACGUGUGUCUGUUCGGAUUGCUCUUGUUCUUUUUCUAUCUGUGCGACUACAGAAAGGUAUUUCCAAAGUUAGAGCGAAUAUACAACAGGGAUGAAUUUUUGUUCCUGGUCUUUUUGUUGUUUUUGGUAGCGUGCGCUUUUACAAUCAGACCUACGACAGAUAAAAUACUGAACAGGGACCAGACUGAAGAAUGGAAGGGUUGGAUGCAAGUGAUGUUUGUCUGGUACCACGUGUUUGCCGCCAAGGAAUGGUACAACUGGAUUCGAGUCUAUAUUGCUGCCUACGUAUGGAUGACAGGCUUCGGUAACUUUUCAUUUUUCUGGGUACGGAAGGAUUUCUCGCUAUGGCGGUUCUUGAAGAUGCAGUUCCGAUUAAACUUCCUGGUCACGUGCAUAUGUGUUGUUACUAGCAACCAAUAUAUGCUAUACUACAUAUGUGCUAUGCAUUCCUAUUGGUUCAUAUCCGUUUAUGUAUUCAUGGGCGUGUUAAAGUCAUGGAACACCGAUUCAAAGAAAAUGGCGCUCAAAUUCGUAGCUUACUUCAUCUUUAACAGUAUAAUAUUUGAAAUUCCAGUAGUGACAAAUAAUAUUUUCAAGCCAUUUCAAUUUCUCUUAGGUUAUACUGAGCCGGAGUACAAGGCUAUGCACGAAUGGGCUUUUAGAGCAGGGUUGGAUCACUGGGCAUGCUUCUUUGGAAUGCUAUGUGCGUAUAAUUACCCAACUUUUGAACGUUUCAUGAACAAUCUUGAAAAAAGUGAUGACUGGAAGAAAAUAAUUUGGACCAAAUGUGCAAUGGUUAAUGUUUGUAUUAUAGCUCUCUUGGUUUGGUAUAAAGAAGUGAUGGGACGUGAAAAAUACGCGUACAACGCGCUUCAUCCGUAUACCACUCCCAUCCCAAUAGUGUGCUUCAUAAUUAUACGCAACGCGUUUCCAGCAUGGCGUACCCACUAUGUAGAACUAUUUGCUUGGCUUGGAAAAAUCACUUUAGAAACGUAUCUAUCGCAACUGCACAUAUACUUGCAAUCAAAUGCAAAACAUUUCAUAGGAUAUAUUCCAAACUAUCAUUUUCUCAACUUCGCUCUCGCCACUUUAAUUUAUCUACCAGUCUCUUACGCGUUGUUUAAUCUCACCACAGAAUUCAGUUCAUAUUUGUUACCAAAUAAUUUAAAAGUUAUAGCGAAGAAUGCUGUAUAUAUAGCCUUGGCAUUUCUAGUACCGUAUGUGGGCUUCACCAUACUACUGGCUUUUUAUUGAUAGUAUUUUGUUAUACAUGUAUACCUGUUUUAUGUAAAAUAAUGGGGGUUUAAUAAAAUGUUUAC